ACAGCCUCACUGGUUCUAUUUCCUUCUGUGUCAAGCUAGCGGCAGCCAUAAGUAUGCUGAAGCUCCAGAAGCGCCUGGCGUCCAGUGUCCUGCGCUGUGGCAAGAAGAAGGUGUGGUUGGACCCCAACGAAACAAAUGAGAUCGCAAAUGCAAACUCUCGCCAGCAGAUCCGAAAACUGGUGAAGGAUGGGUUGAUUAUCAGGAAACCAGUGACCGUCCAUUCCAGAGCUCGGUGCCGUAAAAACACCCUGGCACGCCGAAAGGGACGUCACAUGGGAUAUGGUAAAAGAAAGGGUACUGCCAAUGCUCGUAUGCCAGAAAAGUUGACGUGGAUGCGACGCAUGAGGAUCCUGCGCCGUCUUCUUUGUCGCUACAGGGAGUCAAAGAAAAUCGACAGGCACAUGUACCACAGUCUGUACCUGAAGGCUAAGGGCAACGUGUUCAAAAACAAACGUAUCCUGAUGGAGCACAUCCAUAAACUGAAGGCUGAUAAGGCUCGCAAGAAGCUGCUGGCGGACCAGGCUGAGGCUCGUCGCACGAAGACGAAGGAGGCCCGUAAACGCAGAGAGGAGCGCCUCCAGGCCAAGAAGGAGGAGAUCAUAAAGAACCUAUCAAAGGAAGAAGAAGCAACAAAGAAAUGAUUUCAGUUCAAAUAAAAAGUCAAUCCAGUUCAGCCUUUUGUUGUGAAUAAUAAAGUCAAUAAUUGGA